UUAUCUUCCGUCGUAAACAUAACGUUGUAGGCUAUUGGAAACGUAGAACAAGGUCAAUAGAAAUAUUGCUUCUUUUCAUAUCCAAGGUAGCCUAUUGUAGCUGUGAGAACCUCGAGAUCAUGCGUUUCCAGCCCAGGGUAACCAGUUGUUUUAGACCCAUUGUUUCACAAUCCGUGUGUCGCCUGGUAGAAUUUAUAACAAAUCCUUGCACACAGAUAGCGCAGAUGGUUAGAGUGCACGGUAUCGUUACGUUGUUAAGCCUAAAUCAAGACAUCAAUAAUGACUGGCCAGACCUGUGGAGUGCUAAACAAACAGAAGACUUCAAAUCCAAGAACCCCUGGUUGGGAUCCAAAAACAAAAAAUUGGGAUGUCUGGUCUGUAGCAGUGUGAACUCCAUUGGGAUCGACAAGGAGCAAGGUGUAUCGCUCUCAAGAGAAUGGAUGAACUUUGAAAUUCAAGUGUCUGGCCAGGGAAGUAGAACAACAAGUUUGUCAGUCUUGAGAAAUAAGGUGAGGAAACAUGCGUUGUCCAAGGCCCACACUCAGGCUGUGAAGGUGGCAGAGAAACAGAAAGAAGCUGCCAUUGAGAAUGCAGUGGAGACUAUGACUGAGUCCUACAUGAAGGAAGCUGUGUUUCGAACAGCCUACCAUCUGGCCAAAAAGAACCGACCCUUUUCUGACCAUGAGAGCCUCAUUGAGCUGCAGGAACUGAAUGGUGUAUGUUGUAUGUAGCCUUAUGAACAAUAUAAGCUCAGACAAGAGGGCUGUCCUUCUGAUCUCAAACAUAUCAAACUUGAUGAUGAUUAAUAUCAACGGCCCACCAACUUCCAAGUUUGAUCCUAGAAAAUAUACAAGGACCUGGUUGAAGAGCCAUCGUGCUGCCUCUUCUGUGCGUUCUAGACAGUGCAGUGUGAAAGCUCCUGCAGAAAGCAAAUUUGUCUGGAAUAUACUGUAGUAUGGGCAAAGGUCAGAAACCCAGUGCUGGGUUGA